CGGAGUAUAUAGCUCACGGAAAUUGGGACGCUUGCGAUGCGGACAGAGAGAUGCCUCCCCGGAAGGAACCAUGCCGGAACUUCCAGCGUGGAUUCUGUCAGUAUGGUGAACGUUGCAAGUUUCUUCAUGUAAAUCAACAGCAAUCAAAACCGAAUCCUUUUGGGUUUGGUACACAAAAUGCUACACAAGCUCUGCACACUGAUUCUCAACCUCAAAAAUCCAAUCCGUUUGGAUUUGGCGUUCAGAACAACUCCCAGAUUGGCUUUAAACCCAAUCAAUUCAAGCCUGGUGAAAAUAAGUGGAGUCGAUUUGGUAGUUCUUCAGCCCCACAAAAACAGGAUAAUCAGCCUUCAGCACCCAAUCACGUGUGCACAGAUUCAGAGUCCUGUAAGUACCAAAUUAAAGAAGAUUUUGAGCAGGAGAAACCGCUUUGGAAGCUUACAUGUUAUGGUCAUCGCAAAUGUGGCCCAUGUGACAUUGUUGGUGAUAUUAGCUGUGAAGAAUUGCGUGCUUCUGCCUAUGAUGAUGCUAAACAUGGGAUGAACAUUCAGUCAAUUGUCGAGAAAGAGAGGAGUUUACUUAGUUCCAAGUUGAUUGAAUUUGAAAACCUACUUCGGAAUCCUUAUACACCUUCACAAAAUUCAACUCAUACUGCCCAAAACACCUUUCCUGGAAAUAAUAGUUCCCCUCAAAUGAUUCAAAAUAAUGUCCCUCCUUCGGUUUCAAGUUUCAGCCAAUUGGGUACAACCAUCAAUGCAGGUUUCCAAAUGAGACCUGCUGCUCCGAAUAAUGCUUUUGGGCAAUCAAAUCAGUUCCAAGCUCCUACUCAGAUGUCAAAUGCAUCCCAGAAGAACAACUUUGCUUUUGGAAAUCCAGGUCCGACCGGCAGUCAACCCUCUAGCCAGUUGUUUCAUAGUUCAUUCCCUUCCACCACAACUACCUUUGCAAAUACUGAUAGGAAUGCUUUCUCUAACGCUGCAAUUACAACAAAUGUUGAUGUAGCACAUCAACAGUCAUCUAUGCCAUUCGGCAACCAUAACGCUUCUACUAAUGUAGUUUCUGAUCCAGUUUCCAGUGUUGAAAUGACGCAAAACCUUCAAAAAUCAUAUAGUCAUAGAGACAACAGUAUAUGGUUCAAAGAUGAAUGGACACCAGGAGAGAUUCCUGAAGAAGUACCUCCAGAAGGAGUCAUCUAUUAGGGUAAUUACAGGAUCUUUACUAGACCAGAAAGAAAUACCAGUUUUGUUGUUUUUCUUACUUGACCAAAUUUUGGCCUAUUUAUUUAUUCAAGUAAAAACAGAUGUUGGAAAAUUUACAAGAACGGUUUUCUUUGUUAUGUUUAAAGAAAACUAGAGCUUGCCAACUAAUAAUCUGGGUUGAUAUGAUAGAUCUUGCAGUUGGUGGCU